UUUUUUUUUUAUUCUAUUGAAACAAUGCCUCGUUCUGCUUGGAAAGGACCUUUUUUUGUAGCUUUUCCUGGUCUUCGACAAGCUAUUCAAAACGGUACUCCCAUUGCUACACAAGCUCGUAGUUGUACUAUUCUUCCAUCCUUUGUCGGUCUCAAAUUCCUCGUUCAUAAUGGAAAGGAUUAUUUACCGGUACAUGUCACAGAAGAAAUGAUUGGUCAUAAAUUGGGUGAAUUUGCUUUUACUCGUAAACGCUUCAGUUAUCGAUUCACCAAGGCCAAGUAAACAAGAACGAAACGAACGAUUUAUCCUACACUUAUUCAUCAACAAACGAAUCACUUGAAAUUAUUACUAUAUCACUUUUUGUCAUCAUUUCUCCUUUUGUCAUAUUUUUUUUAUCAUUUUUAUUUAUAUUCAUUAUGAUAUCUUUUACAUCCUUUUUCUUCACUUUGUACAUUUAUUUUUCUUAUUCUAUCCAUUAUCUUUUUUUUUUUUUUUUUUGCAAUAGAU